ACGCCGCAGUGCCUUGGGGUUAACGCUAGCUGUUCCUGUGGUGCUAUGAGUUGAGGAAGACUAAAGUGCUGGGAAUGCAGCCCCCGCUCCCACCUGAGGCAGUCAGAGAGCUGGUGUGCUCCUGUCUGCACAGAGACCCCGUAGCAGCAGACCUCCGCUGCAGCCUGUUUGUUGCUGCUGCACAGAACUACAAGAAGGACUCUCUCCUCAGACCCUUCCCUCCAAGAUAUUUAAGUGGAGACAAUAAGGAUUUUGAUGAGCUGUUGGCUGAUGUGAACUCUUUGCCUGGGGUGAGAGAGUUGGUGAGACUACGACCCAGAGAGGGAGAUCAUCACCUGGCUCUAACACACUGGAUUCUCUCUUCAAAGAGCUUUGCUGUGAAGACCCUGCAGAAAGAUGAAUAUGGAAAACUUUGUAACCUGACGGAAAAUGAAGGGAUUUCUGCGCCUGCACCAGACUUCUUGUUUGAGCUGGAGUACUGUGACCAGAGGAACGCCAGGUUUGAGAAGAUGAGGGCCGGCAGAGACGUCUUCUAUGCAUUCCACGGGAGCCGACUGGAGAACUUUCACUCUAUCAUUCACAACGGGCUGCACUGUCACCUAAACAAGAACUCAGUGUUCGGAGAGGGGACCUACCUCACCAGUGACCUCAGCAUGGCAGUGCUCUACAGUCCUCACAGCAGCGGCUGGAGAGAAAGUCUUCUGGGUCCACUGCUCAGCUGUGUAGCCUUGUGUGAAGUCAUUGAUCACCCAGAUGUGAAGUGCCAGGUGAAGAAAAAAGAUUCUGAAAUCAUUGACCGUCAGCGCUCAAGAGCAAAGAACAGCGAAGGGGGAGAAGUACCGCAGAAGUACUUUGUAGUAACCAACAAUCAGCUUUUGCGUGUAAAAUACCUGCUGGUUUACUCUCAAAGGAGGCACCUGUCCAGACAUUCCCGCAGCACCUCCUGGCUCCUCAGACAUCAUUUUGCCAUCAUGAUGAGUCUCUACCUUCUGCUGCUCAUAUUCAUAGGUGCCUUUAACUCCACCGCCUUCGUAUCCUUUUGGAACAGAUUAUUCAGGUGACAAGAGAGGAGGACAGACGGCCUGGAUGUUUCUUCUCCUCAGUGCCUUCCUGUUCAGAGACUGACUGGAGGCCUGACUGAAGUUUUAUGCACCUUUUAGACUGUUUUCUCUCUACGAUUAUAUGUUUCUUUCUUUGUACAAAUAACUAUAAUUACUGUUAUUUCUAAACAACAUAUGGUUUAAAUCAGCAGCUCUGCUAAUAUAAGUUUUAAUUUGGUUGAAAUGGGAGUUAUUAUCGUUCUGCAUUUUAAAAUGUUAUUCAACGUUUCAUCUGUAAAUUGUAUCAUUCAGUAAACAUCCUGAUUAAUAGAUCAGCUCUGUUGCUGUGUGGUUUCAGUCCCCCGAGGUCACAGUCUCAAACCCAAAGGGUUUAAAGGGAAAAAAGAUGAUAUUGAAAAAUCCUCCUGUUGAAAUAACUUCACAGUCGAGUGUUGAAAUCCUAUUUUUCUGAAUUGAGGCUUUUUGUAGCAACUUGUUAUACUGAUUCUAUAAUAAUUAUAUACUUGUAUAUGCCAGUCUGUUGACCAGGCACUAAUCAUAAUGUCCCCAAUGAAAAUUAGGACUGAUACUGUUUUUGUCAUUGUAGAUUAUUAUGCUGAAUGUUUUGGUCAUUAAAGGUUUGGUCAAUAAAAUAGAAAAAAGUCAAAGGCUCAUGAAAAUG